AAAUUUUUGCCUCCAGUUUUCUCUCUCUCUAAAUUUUCUCUCUCAUCGUUCCUUCUCUAGUUUUCUCACUCUAAAUUUCGAAGUCUAAUCACAGUUAAAGCCAUCUCUCUCGGUUGCCUUUCCUAUUCCUAAGGAGUGUCCAUACUUCUCAAAAGAAAUAAGGACAAAUAAAUUGGCAGCAAAUCUUAAAGACCUAAAUCACUCAGACUAUUUCAAAUUUUUAUUCUGGGUCUGGUUUGGCUAUUUUUAAGCCAAGAGCGACCUCAUGAAGAUCUGAGGUAGGGAGCGUUGGAAGUUGCAGGUUUGACAUUUCGUGGUUCAAUCUUUGGUGUUUGGAUUUGUUAGGAAAGCAUACCCUAAGUCAUUUUCGGCUCUUGAACUCAGAGGCCAUCUCUCUCUCUCUCUUUUUGGGGACCCUUGAAUUGCAAAGGCUGGACUAUGACUUUGCCAGAACUUGAUGACUCAGUUCGUCCGGUUUUUGUGGAUUUCAUGACUAGAGUUGCAAGGUUUGAUGAACUGGCAAACAUGGGAAAUCAACUGCUUUCCAGCUUCCAACAAGAACUUGGAAAGUUUAGAAGGUCUCCAUUACAAAAAGAAUCCAAAGUGAUCUUAGGCAUCAUUGAAGCAAAUCGAAAUGAACGGUUGAGUGCAUAUCUUGAAGCUGGCUGUAGGCUUGGUCACAUUGACAAAGUGAAUAUAAGCAAGUUGCACGUAUGCCAAGAAGCGCUUCAAGAAUAUAUGGACAAAGCGAAGGCUCUUAUCAGAGAAUUCGAUUGUCUCAUGGAUGAUGUGAUUGCCAUAAUGCAAAAGGCUAUAGAGAAUUUAUCACAUUUUCUGGAUACAAUAUCAAUGGACAACUUGAUUGUUUCCGCUGCUGGAACUGACAAGGUGGGUACAAGAUGCAGCAUGCAUCAUGGCUUGGAAGUUUCAGAUUAUUUUGUGAUGAUGAGGGUUGUAUACAAUAUGUAUAAACUUGACUAUAUUAUGCAGGAAAAUAUUGUUUCAUCUUUGUCCCUGAGAACUUCAGAAGAAGAGCUCGAAAGCUACUGUUUGAUGUGGGAUUUGAGACCUUAUAUAAAUGAUAACAUCAUGCAGCGGUGUUGGAGAUGGAGUUCUAAAUAAUGAUAGUGGUUUUUCCAUUUUGAUGGCAAUUGGAAAAGAGCAAAACCUUUUUUUUUUGACAAGUCACUUGACUGGUGCACCUUCAAAGAAGGCAUUCCUUUUCUAGAAAGGGAUCAGAUAUGACCAGGGUAAAUAAAUCAAAUAAAAGCACCAUGAUCCCCUUUCAAAAUUUGAUCAUAUGGAAGUCCUCCGCUCUCGCCUCUUCCCAUUUAGAGAAGGUAAUUGUGGCCCUCUAUCUCAAUCGGUCUCUUCCCAUUUAGAGAAGGUAAUUGUGGCCCUCUAUCUCAAUCGGUACUUAUAUUAGCCAAAAAUAAACAUUAUUGCUAAAGAGUGCUUACUAGUCUUGAAUUUGAUUGCAUUAUCGCUCAUUUGUUUGAAUAGUUCACUGGGAUUAAAGAAUAUUAUGGCUGUUAUUUGGACCUACCAAAUGAUGACAGAUGUGAUUAUGUCAAUUGAUAUUGUACUUUUAUGAAUAUGUGGAUUUAGGUGAUAUAAAUGAAUGAAAUGGAAAAUUCGAAUGAAAUUGGAGCAAAAAUGUGGUAGAGGUAGGCUGAUUCGUAGUUGCCAACUCACAUGUUUGCAUCUAUCUAGUUCUCAAGGGAAAAAAAAUAAAAAAUCAUGCAUCUAUGUAGUUCUCAAGGGAAAAAAAUCACUUGUUUAUAUCUAUCCUGAAACUUGGCUUUAACUCAUCAUCUAGGCUGAUAUUUAUCAAUUUCUUUGUCUUUGCAGAUGCAGUCUUUUUCAAAGCAUCAAAGAUUCAGCUGCUUAAGUUAGCAAAAAGCCUCGUCUCUAUCACUUAUCUGUUUCUUUCUCAUUUUAUUUUGGUUUCUAGGAUUGUUUUGUUUCUUUAAUGAUGUUCAGUUAUUCAUCCAGUCGACAAAAGCUGGGUUCUUUUUAUAGUGCUUUAUUUUUCUUUUGAUGGAAUGAUUGCUUUCCCCCUUAGAUGAUAAUUUUAUUCCUAUAUAAUGGAUUGAUGAUGUUGAGACAUUCCCCAAUUGACUCUUUAAGCAAUGUGGUGAUUGUGACCGAACACAGGUGCGGGGUUGUGGAAUGUGGAAACUAACUGUAGCCAGUGUAGAACUUCCUCUCAAAUUUCUUUUGAAUUUGAAUGUGCAAUGCAGAGCUUGUAGCAAUAUAGAUUGAGGAGAUGAACUUUUAUGAGACUAAGAGAUCCCACAAACAAGCCAAAUACAUGUGUUUCUGUUAAUUUCAUCACUUUGUUCCUUUAAA